AUGGGAAACUAUACUAUUAUUACAUUCCAUGCAUUGUUGGUGUUGUCCUUCAUUGCUGGGUUCAACUCAAAAAUAAUUAAUGGCGAUACAAAGUGCAAAGAGAGGGAGAGACACGCACUCCUCACGUUCAAACAAGGCGUUCGAGAUGAUUAUGGCAUGUUGUCCGCAUGGAAGGACGGUCCAACUGCAGAUUGCUGCAAAUGGAAAGGAAUUCAAUGCAACAAUCAAACCGGUUAUGUUGAAAAGCUUGAUCUACACCAUUCACAUUAUUUGAGUGGUGAAAUCAAUCCUUCAAUAACUGAGUUUGGUCAAAUUCCAAAAUUUAUUGGAUCGUUCAGCAACUUACGAUACCUUGAUCUCUCAAACGGUGGUUAUGAGGGAAAGAUUCCUACUCAACUUGGGAAUCUCUCACAAUUGCAACACCUUAAUCUCAGUCUUAAUGAUCUUGUUGGUACAAUCCCUUUCCAACUCGGAAAUCUUUCGUUAUUGCAAUCUCUGAUGCUUGGUUACAAUUCUGAUCUUAGAAUGACCAACCAAAUUCAACGAAACUCUGAGUGGCUAUCAAGUCUCUCUUCUUUGAAAAGACUUAGCUUGAGUUUUGUUCAAAAUCUCAAUGAUUCUUCUCAUCACACCCUGCAAUUCCUAGGGAAGCUUAAAAGCCUUGAAGAGUUGUAUCUUACUGAAUGUAGCCUUUCUGAUGCCAACAUGUAUCCUUUCUAUGAAUCCAAUUUGAACUUUUCCACUUCUCUUACUGUCCUUCAUCUUGGUUGGAAUCAGUUAACAUCAUCGACGAUAUUCCACUGGGUGCUUAACUACAACUCUAAUCUUCAAGAGCUUCAACUUCAUGAUAACUUGUUAAAAGGUACCAUUCAUCAUGAUUUUGGCAACAAAAUGCAUUCACUUGUGAAUUUCUAUCUCUCUGGUAACAAUCUAGAAGGCAAUAUCCCAAAAUCCAUUGGGAAUAUAUGCACCUUGGAGAGAUUUGAAGCUUUUGAUAACCACUUGAGCGGAGAAAUUUCAGGUUCUAUCAUCCAUAAUAACUACUCUCAUUGCAUCGGAAAUGUAUCCUCGCUACAGGAGCUAUCCUUAUCGUAUAAUCAAAUUUCGGGCAUGUUACCUGACCUUUCAGUCCUAUCAUCUUUGAGGGAAUUGAUACUUGAUGGAAAUAAAUUAAUUGGAGAAAUACCCACGAGCAUCGGGUCGCUUACAGAGUUAGAGGUUUUGAGCCUGCGCAGAAACUCUUUUGAAGGCACCCUCUCUGAAUCCCAUUUCACUAACCUCUCAUCCUUGAGAGUGUUGUAUCUUUAUGACAAUAAACUAAUUGGAGAAAUACCCACGAGCAUCGGAUCACUUACGAAGUUGGAGAAUUUGAUCCUAAGCAGAAACUCUUUUGAUGGUGUCGUCUCUGAAUCUCAUUUCACAAACCUCUCAAAAUUGAAAGAACUACAGUUGUCUGAUAACUUAUUGUUUGUGAAGGUUAGUACUAAUUGGGUUCCUCCUUUUCAAUUACAAUUAUUGUUUCUAUCAUUAUGCAAUAUCAAUGCUACAUUUCCUAAUUGGAUCCUCACCCAAAAGGACUUAUUGGAGCUCGACAUUUCAAAAAACAAUAUCACCGGCAACAUUUCCAAUUUGAAACUCGAUUAUACCUACAAUCCUGAAAUAGAUUUGAGUUCAAACAAACUUGAAGGUUCCAUUCCCUCACUUUUAUUGCAAGCAGUAGCAUUGCAUCUCUCCAAUAAUAAAUUUUCAGAUAUAGUUUCCUUACUAUGCAGCAAAAUUAGACCUAACUAUUUGGGACUUUUGGAUGUAUCAAACAAUGAAUUAAAGGGUGAGUUGCCCGAUUGUUGGAAUAAUUUAACCUCAUUAUACUAUCUUGACCUUAGUAAUAACAAGUUGUCGGGAAAGAUUCCAUUCUCAAUGGGUAACGUUCCAAAUAUCGAAGCUUUAAUUUUAAGAAGUAAUAGUUUGAGUGGACAACUUCCUUCCUCCUUGAAAAAUUGCUCAAAAAAGUUGACUUUGUUGGAAAUUGGAGAAAAUAAGUUUCAUGGUCCAUUACCUUCAUGGAUUGGAGACAACUUACAUCAAUUAGUAAUCUUAAGCAUUCGAGUCAAUAACUUCAAUGGAAGUAUACCUUCAAAUCUUUGUUAUUUGAGAAAACUUCAUGUCUUGGAUCUGUCGCUAAAUAACUUAUCAGGAGGGAUUCCACCAUGUGUAAAUUUUCUUACUUCAUUAGCUGAUGACCCCAUGAACUCAACUUCAUCAACGGGUCAUUGUGCUAGUCCAAUCAACAAUGAACCAGACAUUUACACACCAAAGCCAAAUACUGAGGAUACAUACAACAGUCCUGUUAGAUCCUCUACCAAAUCUCAAGAUAAUGAAACAAUGCCUCCAAGACGUACUCCGGAGACUAUUGGAACUUCUGGAGAUGUUAACGCCCAGAUGGCUCAGGCUAUGACUGACAUGGCUGCUGCUGCUGCUGCACAAACAGCCGCCAAAAUUCAGCGAGACCAAUUGAAACAGCAGAGAGAAGAUAGGGAAGCAGAUUCAAGGGGAUUGGCAGAUUUCCGUCGUCACAAUCCACCUCAAUUCCAUGGAGAAUUAGACCCAGAGAAGGCUGAUUUGUGGCUACAAGAAGUGGAGAAGAUUUUGAAAGUGAUUAACUGUCCUGAAGAAUCAAAGGUGAAAUAUGCCACACAUUUGUUGCUUGGUGAUGCAGAGUAUUGGUGGAAAAAUGCUAAAAAUAUGUUAGAAAAUGCGCAAGAGGAAAUCAGUUGGGAGGUUUUUCAGACCAAGUUCUUGGAAAGAUAUUUUCCUCAGAGUGCAAGAACUAAAUUGGGUGAUGAUUUUCUAAAGUUACAACAGGGCAACAUGACGGUAGGAGCAUAUGCAGCAAGGUUUGAGACACUGUCCAGGUACUUCAAGUUCUUCGUCAGACUGUGGAUGAGGCCUACAUGUGCCACCGAUUCCAAGAAGGGCUCAAGGAUGAAAUUCAAGACAUGGUAA